GUGUGCGCGCGUGUGUGCGCGCGCCAGGCGAAAACCACGAGUGUAUUUUUGUUGUCAGCAUGGAGUUUUGUAUCUAUUACAACACUGAUCACAUGAAUCUCUUGGACUGAAGAUUGAAGUGCAGAGCUGAAGACACAGACUUAGUUCAACUGAUGUCGUGAUGAGGAGUUUGAUACUGGAGUAGGAUGGGCUUUCACACCUGGCCUCUGUUUACAUCAGACUUCAAGCGAUUUCACAGCCACUGUUGGUGAUCUAUCACUUUAACUUAUAACUUGCUUUAACUUGCUAUCAUCUGUCCUGAUGUCGGACUGCAGCUCGUCGGGUUCAGAUGAGGAUUUGGACCCGGAGUCAGAGCUGCUGGACGAGCUCGGCGGCACUCUCAGUAAGAAGAAAUGAAGUCUUACACAUCUGGGAUGACAUGAGGUGGACUAACUACAUUCAUGGAUGGCAGGACCGCUUGGUCGUGCUGAAGGGAAAUAUUCUCAGUUACUACAGGUCUGCAGAUGAGAAGGAGUACGGCUGCAGGGGGUCUAUCUGUCUUAGCAAGGCUGUCAUCACGCCCCAUGAGUUUGAUGAAUGCCGGUUUGACAUCAGUGUGAACGAUAGCAUCUGGUACCUUAGGGCUGAACAUCCUUCACUCCGGCAGCAGUGGAUUGACACCAUUGAACUUCACAAAGCUGAGUCAGGCUACGGCUCAGGGAGCAGUCUACGCCGCCAUGGCUCCCUGUUGUCCCUCACCUCUGCCACGAGUGGCCUUUCUACCACCUCCACAUCCUCCUUCAAGAAGGGAUACAGCCUGCGGGAAAAGCUAGCGGAGAUGGAGACCUUCCGGGACAUUCUCUGCAGACAGAUGGACACACUGCAAAAUUAUUUUGACAACUGCGCAGACACUGAGAGUAAAGAUGAGCUCCAUAGGGACAAAGAGGCUGAUGUUUUUCCUGCAGUAUCUGAUGAGGAGGCAGAUUUUCCCACUUUACGACCAGAUGGGGACUACCUGCUGAACAACAACAGCAGCAAAGAGAAAUUAUGUCCCAUGGACAGCCUCAAAGGUCCCAUAGGCAUUGAUUUCAAGGGUGAGGCCAUCACAUUCAAAGCCACUACUGCAGGAAUCCUCUCCACACUGUCACACUGCAUCGACAUAUUGGUCAAACGAGAGGAGAGCUGGCAGAGACGACUCGAUAAGGAAAUUGAGAGGAGAAGACAGGCUGAGGAUGCCUACAAAGCUGCAUUGACAGACCUAAAGAAGAAGCCUCAUUUUGGAGGACCAGACUAUGAAGAGGGACCGAACAGUCUCAUCAAUGAAGAGGAGUUCUUCGAUGCUGUGGAAGCCGCGUUGGAUAAACAUGACCAGAUUGAGGAGCAGUCCCAGGCAGAAAAGAGCAGGAUAUCUCAGCACAUCUCUCUCACCCCAGACACCUAUUCCUCCAUCAGUACUCCGAAAUACUUGACUAAGCCUCUCAGUCAUACAUCCUCCUCAUCCUCCAUUGACCUCAUAAGUGCCUCUGAUGACGUGCACAGAUUCAGUGCUCAGGUGGAGGAGAUGGUGCAUAGUCACAUGACAUAUUCCUUACAGGAUGUGGGUGGAGAUGCUAACUGGCAGCUGGUCGUUGAGGAAGGUGAUAUGAAGGUGUAUAGGAGAGAGGUUGAGGAGAACGGCAUUGUGCUUGAUCCUCUCAAAGCCACUCAUGCUGUCAGAGGGGUCACAGGUCACGAGGUCUGCCACUACUUUUGGGACACAACUUUUCGGAAUGACUGGGAAACAACUGUUGAAAGCUUUAAAGUGGUUGAGAUGCUUUCUGAUAAAGCAGUCAUCAUUCAUCAGACACAUAAGAGGGUGUGGCCUGCCUCUCAGCGGGAUGUGCUUUACGUGUCAGUUAUUCGUAAAAUACUCUCGACCAAUGAGAAUGAUCCAGAUACCUGGCUGGUGUGCAACUUCUCAGUGGAUCAUGACAGCUACCCACCCUCUUCCAGAUGCAUUCGUGCCAAAAUCAAUGUAGCCAUGAUCUGUCAGACACUAAUCAGUCCACCAGAGGGUGACAAAGAGAUCACCCGAGACAACAUCCUCUGUAAAAUCACAUAUGUAGCCAAUGUAAACCCUGGUGGUUGGGCCCCUGCAUCAGUCUUGCGAGCCAUUGCCAAGAGAGAAUACCCCAAAUUCCUUAAACGCUUCACCACAUAUGUUCAAGAGAAGACCAGCGGUGAGGCUGUUCACUUCUGAAACACACUAGGUUGUUUAAUCUGCAUUCCCAGGAUGCUUUCUGAUUGAGUUGAAGAAAAACCUCAUUUACCAUUUUUCUAACAUGCACCAGAGAGAGCUGCUCUGCCCAAGUGCUCUUCAACACUAUUAACAAGAAACCUUUUUCAAUCAGUGCACAGUAUCCAUACAGAAUGAACAAAAGUCGAAAAAGUGCAGAGAUGCACCAGCUUUACAAAGCACAGCAAGCCACCAACCCAACACAGUCUGUUCAUCUUUAAAAGACCUUACCUAUUUUCUGUACAUGAGCUACAGCUCAGGUUUUGUUAAAGUGUUUAGCAUUUUUAUAAAUAUUUUAUCAUAGUUUAACCUGUUUUAGGUAUGGCUAUGUUAUUGAUGUAAAAAUAUUCUGUAAACUUUGAUGCCUUGAUCUUAUCACUGUUUCUUCUCAGCUGUACUGGCUUUGUAUAAUAGUCUUUUGUCUUAGGGAGACUCUUUCAACCCUGAUGAUCAAGAGGUUGUCAAACUUAAGCCUUAAGAGCUUUUUGUACAGUUUGUGUCUAAAUGUUUAACAUUUACAUGUGAAGUCAUUACACAUUUUGAUUGUAAUAAUUUAAAAAUUUGACGGUUGGCAAAGCGUAUCUUUAAUGGGAACUGCCUGUAUAAGAUAAUAAUAUUAAAAUGGUAGAGGGUAUUUUGAAAGGCCUGUGGGCAGUCUCUUGUACAGGAUUAUUAUUACUUUUACUGUUUUUUUUUUUUGUUUGUUUUCAGAAUUUAAAAAAAUGGUGGCACUAUGUUGCACAAAUGCUAGGACUCUAAAACAGCAGUUUAAAAAUGCCAUUCCACUUUUUCCUGAUUAAUUUGUUUAUUGCAGCAUUUUUACCAGUUGGUCUUUUGCCAUUCACACAUUUGUUAGGGAGUAUUAUUGCAGUUAUACCAUCUAAGCACAUAAAAAUAAAAAGUGAUCACUUUUUUGGCAUUUCACAUAGUUUUAUAGUUUCAGCAAGUGUCACCUAUUGUUGUCUGACUCGCAUUAUUUAUGAAGCCGUUAAUAAUUCUGGCAUUCACAAUUAAAUACGGUCUCCACUAAACUUUAUAAAGGCAUUAUAAGUCAUAAAUUAUCAGAUGAGAAAUGAAACGCGUACAAAAUAAUUAUUUUAAUGUAUGCAUCUCACUAUCAUUUUGUGUUGGCUUGAUGUUCAUAACAUUGCUUGCACUUAAUAAUCAGAAAUUCCGAUUUAAUGUGUUAAUUUCACGUGGGAAUGUAUUUUUGAAUAAUUUUUGUAAAUUAUUUUUACGUUCUACAUGUAUGUAGUACAUGUAUAUAGGCUUUUUAAUGAAACUAAAUUGUGUGAAAUAAGAGCAAAACUAUUGUUUUUAUUUUCCAUAUAUUUUAAUUUCUCACUAAUCAAUGUUUUAUUUGAAGUUUUGCUACAAAAUACACAAAGAAUAUCUCACCCUAAACUAAAGUGCAAUAAAUGUACAAGUGUAUAAAUGU